GUUUACAUUUGUGUGAGCUGUCAUCAAUCGCAAACACACGUGCGCCGCAAUUCUUGGUGCGCCGUAUACGCUGUGUGAUUUCGGUUUAGUUUUUGUUAAAAUAACCACUUUACAGAACUAUCCAUACGAUGGAUGAUAGUUUAGGCUCAGUGAUGCUUCCCAGCAUGAAAGAGCGUCAGAAAAGGCUGUGCCAAGAGGGACAGAAACCACGGCAUCGUCCACUGUACCAAGAUUCCAACAAUGUAGGCGCACGUAUGCUUGCUAAGCUGGGGUGGUCGGAAGGUAAGGGUUUAGGUAAGGACGAAAACGGCAUUACCGAACCCGUAUCACAAAGGCUGAAACGGGACAACGAAGGGGUUGGCUUUGUUGGUGUUCCCGAUGAUCAGUGGACGCAGCACGAUGCAGGUUUUAACGAUCUUCUGAAGCGCCUAAACGGUGCAGCAGAUGUGCCUAGCAACGAAUGUAGCACCAAGCUGGAUCCAAAAGCACAGCUACAGUCGCUCGAAGCGCGGUCGAAGACAUCGCGUGUACGGGUACACUACAAGAAAUUUACCCGCGGCAAGGAUCUGAGCCAAGCGAAUGUAAAGGAUCUUGCCAACAUUUUUGGCAAGCGUUCGUUUGCUGAGAUAAACAAGCCGAUUGUAUCGGCUGCAGAGAACGAGGCGAGCAAAAAGGAGCCCGAAAAAGAGUCAGAACCAGAACGACCAAUUUUAGGUUUGUCCACGAUCAACGCGAGCAUGUCGAUUCAAGAGUACUUUAAGGAGAAAAUGAAACAGAAAAAUAUGGCUGCAGCUGGCGGUGGCGUGAAUGGCACAAAUGGAACAAAAACCGAAGAACAACCUUCUGGUAAGGUGGAACCUUCUGACUCCGUCGAUACUGAUAAACCCAAGAAGAAGAAAAAGAAGAAAACACUCAUCGAGACCGAGGAACCGUUGCCGCUUCCGGUGGAGGACACAAUCAAAGAAGUGUCGCAUAAAAAGGAAAAACGAAAGCGACAGAGCAUAGAGCCACUAGAGGAAGAAGUACCAGUAGAGGAGGAGGCGGAAAUUCCGGUCGAAUCGGAAAGCGAUCUAUCUCAGACGGUUAAAAAGAAGAAAAAAUCCAAAAAACAAACUCCCGACACUGAAUCGUCAAUUCAGUCGGCUGCAACCGAUGAGGUGCUGAACGAAGAACAUGUUGAAACCGUUACUGCCAUCGCUGAAGAGCCAGCCAAAAAGAAGAAAAAGUCUAAGAAAAAGAAAUUAGAUGAAUCCAUGGAGACUAAUGGAGCCGAAGAAACAAACGAUAUGGUUCCGCAAGAAACUCCUGCAAUCCAUGAGGAGAUAAAGGAAGAUCACGCGGAAGACGUUACCGCCAUCGCUGAAGAACCAGUCAAAAAGAAGAAAAAAUCGAAGAAAAGUAAACCGGACGAAUCCAUGGAAACCAAUGUUGCCGUAGAACCGGAAACAGUUCCGCUAGCUAUUCCUGCAACUGAUGGAGAGGUAAAGGAAGAUCACGUUGAAUCCGUUACUGCCGUCGUUGAAGAACCAGUAAAAAAGAAGAAAAAGUCUAAAAAAGAUAAAACAGUUAAACCCGUGGAGACCGAUGCAACCGAGGAACCAAAAGGAACAGUACCGGACAAUCUGGAUGCCGUUGUUGUUGAUGGUGCUUCCGAGCCGCAGUCUAAAAACACCAACCAACGUAACCCGACAGCGAGGGACGGCUUACAGCAAAACGGUAAGGAUAACGAAAAAGAUGUACAGGAAUCACAGACACAGGCAACAUGUCCACGGCUCUUUCCUCCAUUGCCGGAAUUGCCCCCGAUAGAAGACCAGGAAGAGUUAACUUGCAAAGUUAAAAUCCACGUGUUGAGGUACCUUGACGAAUCACGCUUCUUCGGCUCUAAUUUUGGCGAUAUUAUUGGUUACAGAUUGACGGAGCAAGUCAAGCUUAUCAAGAGCGAGUCACGGUCAAUGGGAUGGAGGAAAUGAAAGUAACGUAAUUACAAUAGUCCUGUGAAAACCUGUGGAUAAUAAAUGUAUAUUUAAAUUGAUGA